UCAAGAUUGCCUCAGUUUGCACCUCAAAACCAUCCAUUUUCAUACACGAAAAAAACUGAAGCAAAGAUGAAGGGAAUCAUCAUUUCAGUCAUUGCGGUGUUGGCUAUGAUUCAGCUCAUGUUUGAGCCAGGACAAGCUCUCACUUGUGGACAAGUGGACGCUUCUUUAGCACCAUGUAUCCCUUACCUUACUCAGGGCGGUGAUCCGAGUGCAGCUUGCUGCAGUGGGGUGAAAAGCCUAAAAGGAUUGGCUCAAACCACAGCUGACAAAAGGGCAGCUUGCAAUUGUGUCAAGGCUGCUGCUAAUCGGUACGCGAACCUUAAAGAUGAUGCAGCUCAAGCUCUUCCCACCAAGUGUGGUGUCACUAUGGAUAUCCCUGUCUCCAGAAAUGUUAACUGUGAUAUCAUCAGUUAAAAAACAGGAGGAGCAAUGAUCAUCUGCCAGAAAAUAAAGAAUUGGAUGACUUCUGAGUGAAUUAAUCCUUUGUAGCAUUUCGUUUGCCUUUGUUGUACUUUUCUUGUAUCUGUAAAAUAAUGGUAUCUGAUAGCCAUAGCCUGUAAUCAGAGAACCAAUUUUCAGUGCUUGAAGCUUUAUCAAGCUUUAUGGUGUAGUUCCAAAAGUAAGCACAGUAGCAAUUAUAUUUAUGUUCCUCGACA